CUGAUCUCUCCCGCCCUCUCUCAUCUCUGUUCUGUCGUUCAUUUUCCUGUACCAACGAGAAAUAACGUGCGUUUCUUUCAUUGGCAAUUAACAGAUUGGCGUGCGUUUCUUUUUUUGCCAAUCAGGCAAACAGAUUGGCAUUUGAUUACGGAACCUAUUUUUAUUCCAAUCUCUUGUUCUUAUUGGUAAUCGGAAAGUGACGUAAUAGAUCGUUGUUGAUUUCGGAACAGAGCGGGAAGAGAUGAGUUUCAGGGACGAGAAUGAGGAAGGGAGGGAUCUCAGGAAGCCCUUCCUGCACACCGGAAGUUGGUAUCGUAUGGGAUCGAGGCAAUCGAGUAUGAUGGGCUCAUCGCAGGCCAUUCGUGAUAGCUCUGUUUCAGUUCUUGCCUGCGUAUUGAUAGUCGCCCUUGGUCCAAUCCAGUUUGGUUUUACCUGUGGAUAUUCAUCUCCCACCCAAUCUUCGAUAAUGAAGGAUCUACGGCUCACAGUUCCGGAGUACUCUAUAUUCGGUUCUCUAUCCAAUGUUGGCGCUAUGGUUGGCGCCAUAUCCAGUGGUCAGAUAGCCGAAUACAUUGGUCGAAAAGGAUCUUUGAUGAUUGCAGCCAUUCCAAAUAUUAUAGGUUGGCUUGCUAUAUCAUUUGCAAAAGAUUCUUCUUUCCUCUACAUGGGGAGGUUGUUGGAAGGUUUUGGUGUGGGAAUAAUCUCAUAUACGGUACCCGUUUAUAUUGCUGAGAUAGCUCCUCAAAACUUGAGAGGGGGCCUUGGUUCAGUUAACCAGCUCUCUGUCACCAUUGGAAUAAUGCUCGCUUAUGUUCUUGGACUUUUCGUGCCGUGGCGACUGCUUGCAGUUCUGGGAAUUUUGCCUUGUACGAUUCUGAUACCUGGAUUGUUUUUUAUCCCAGAAUCUCCUCGGUGGCUGGCGAAAAUGGGUAUGACGGAAGAAUUUGAAACAUCCUUGCAAGUUCUUCGUGGAUUUGAUGCUGAUAUCUCUAUUGAAGUGAAUGAAAUCAAGAGGUCCGUAGCAUCCACAGGCAAAAGAACAACAAUCCGGUUUGCAGACCUCAAGCGGAGAAGAUACUGGCUUCCUUUGAUGAUUGGUAUUGGGUUACUAAUGUUGCAGCAGCUUACUGGAAUUAAUGCAGUUUUGUUCUAUUCAAGUACCAUAUUUGCAGCUGCUGGCGUUAAAUCAAGUAAUGCUGCCACAUGUGGGAUCGGAGCAGUCCAGGUUAUUGCCACUGCAAUGACGACAUGGUUGGUUGACAGAGCAGGCCGUCGAAUUCUUCUUAUCGUGUCCACGGCUGGAAUGACGUUUAGCCUUUUAGUUGUUUCCGUAGUCUUCUUUUUGAAGGAUCAUACCCCCGAGACGUCCAAUUUAUAUGGUAUUCUGAGCAUUCUAUCAGUUGUUGGAGUUGUGGCCUUGGUGGCUUUCUUCUCUCUGGGUCUUGGGGCUAUUCCAUGGGUUAUAAUGUCUGAGAUUCUUCCCAUUAAUAUCAAGGGUCUCGCUGGAAGCAUAGCAACGCUAGCUAACUGGUUCAUUGCUUGGUUGGUCACAAUGACUGCAAACUUGCUCUUGGAAUGGAGCAAUGGAGGAACGUUCGCCAUCUACAUGUUGGUGAGUGCUUUCACAUUGACAUUCAUUAUACUCUGGGUCCCCGAAACCAAAGGAAGAACACUGGAAGAAAUUCAGUUCUCCUUCAGAUAAGAGGGUUGUUUUUUCUGUUUCUCUUGGUACCCGCCUGUUGGAAAGAAAGCCUAUUUAUGCAGCUCUAACUUUUAUGUAUUUUCCCCUCUAUAUAUAAAAAUGGCAGUUGCCUUAAUAUCAUCUU